UUCUCUCUGAAAACGGACUCAGUUUUGGUUUCAAUUCAAUGAAAAACAGGCGAAAUGCUCCUGAAAGUUGUACUAGUUAUAUUGUUCAUAUACUUAAUUGUGUUAAUUUUACUUAACGUGAAAACAGAACUGGAAACUACCUUCAACUUUAGCCAAGAUAUAGAGCACUUUAAUGCCACGUUGGCUCAGCUAUUGAAACCUCGUUACCCUGGUAGUUUUGGCCAUGAACAGGUGAUUGUUUACCUGAUGGAUGAGCUUAAAAAGUUGGGUUUUGGCGUCAUUUCCGAUAAGUUUUAUCUGGAAGCUCAUUUUACCAAUGUGAUGGGCAUUUGGAAUGAAAAGGCAAAGGAGAUGCUAGUCCUGUCCUGCCACUACGAUAGCCAAAGUCCCAGGGAGGGCGAAAACGAGACAUAUCUGGGAGCCACCGAUGGAGCUGUUCCAUGUGCUAUUAUCUUGAAUGUGGUCAAGACAUUGGGACCCUAUUUAAGAAGUAGUCUCAGGUCGCAAACUGAUUUGGGUAUUCUUUUAAUAUUUUUUGAUGGUUAUAAACCUUUGCCACAGUACCAUAUAGAUUUGAACAGAUUCAUGGGAUCACAACGCUUUAUUGAUGUGCAACCAGUUAAUUUAAAACGCAUGGUGCUUUUAAUCCACUUUAACUAUAUUGGAGCAGCUAAUCAAACGUAUAUGAGCUGUUUCGAGUACACCAAUUAUCUUCACGAUAAGAUUGCGGACAUAGAACAAGAUUUACAAGAAUCGGGAGAGUUGCAGGGCUCUCAUAUAUUGUUUCAAAAGUUACAGAUUCCAUAUUAUGGUCUUCCUGGCGAUUUUUAUCCCUUCUACGAAAAUGAUGUCCCUGUUCUAAAUAUAGCCCCUGAACACUUCUCUGAGUUCCAUAAUACCCCAGAGGAUAAUGUCGACAAAUUGCAUUGGCCCACUAUCCUAAACAUGGUCAAGAUAAUGCAAAGAUUUGUCCAUGGUAUUCUGGAUAACACUGUGUUAGAAUGGGAUGAUACCUACGACACGGACCAUGAUGAUUAAAAACAGAUAUUUCCUAAAGACGUUAUGGAAUUUCUAGAUUAUU